AGUCUGACCGAUCAAGCAAGCUGGUCGGUAGGGCUUUGGAAAUCAAAGGAGACGACUGGGGCUCUCAACAAAUCCCUCAAAUUGAUCUUGUAUUCACAUAAGAGAACCUCAGGUUAAAAUAUGACUUUUAAUUGCAAUUGUGCAUGGCAUCGACCAUGAAUGACAGAUGAAACGAGUUUCUCAUGCCUCGGUAUCUCUCGGCUGUGGGGUUGACGAUCUAGCACGGAACGUCUUACGCCGCAACGUAUCGUGGUAUCAAACCAAUCUCUGGGGAGAAAAGAUUCCUUGAACUCAAGGUAUAGCGAUAACAGGUUCCAAACAUAAUGGCGCAACCAUCUUCGGGAAUCCCUCGGUCGUAUGCGACCCUGCGGUUCAACGACAUCAGCAUUGAGCAUUAUCCAAAGGAGUCGGUCGAAGUAACCCCGAUUGUGGUCGUCUACCUGGACAGGCCACAAAAGAUGAACGCGUUCACAGAUUACACGCGCGAGGAACUAGAGCUGGUGUACGGUUGGUUUGACAAGGACGCUAGAGUCCGCUGUGUCGUCCUGACCGGCAGAGGGAAAGCGUUUUGCGCGGGCUUUGACCUUGAGGUUGGAUUUCCAGGCGCAAGGGACGCGUCUGGGCGAACGAAGAACGUGAUAAAGGAGCGUGAAGUAGAUCAUAGAGACUCCGGCGGACGAACCGUGCUGGCUAUUCACCGCUGCAGCAAGCCCACGAUCUGCGCCAUCAAUGGGGCUGCAGUGGGUGUUGGAAUCACCAUGACUUUACCCAGCGUCAUAAGGGUCGCGUACGAGAAGGCGAAGGUCGGAUUUGUGUUCACUCAGCGCGGUCUCGUGAUGGAGGCGUGCUCGUCGUUCUUCCUCCCCCGUCUCAUCGGCCACUCGAAAGCCCUGUACCUGACGUCGACUGGCGCCGUGUAUCCUGCGAACUCGCCGCACUUUGGCCAUCUCUUCAACGAGUUGCUGCCCACGCCAGAAGCGACCGUGGCGCGAGCUCUCGAGCUCGCGGACGCCAUCGUCAAAAACACGUCCAUCGUGUCAAACAAGAUGUGCCGCGACCUCAUGUACCGCGGGCCCGACAGCGCGGAAGCCACCCAUCUACUCGAUUCGAAGAUCAUCCAUGGACUGUACGGCAAGAAGGACAACCUAGAGGGGAUCGAGAGCUUCCUUGAGAAGCGCGCCCCGAGAUUCAGCGGAAACGUGCCUGAAGACGCGCCAGAUUCGUAUCCCUGGUUCAGCACAGUCGACAUAGGCUCGCCGUCAAAGAUCGAUAGACCGCCGUCAAAACUGUGACCGAUUCUUGCGACUGAUUCCGUGGACAGCAUCAUUGUGAUCAAGUCGUUUGGCAAUGAUCGGAUGAAUGUUAGCUUUGCUGUCCUCUGACUUGGCAUCGCGGAACUCUACUCUGUCGCGUCGAUUUUAGUUGUUCCAUAGCUUCGAUCCAGCGUAGACGUUGGCGAAGAUUGUUGGCUCAUUCGCGUCAAUCUAGGGCAGACGAAGUGAACGGACGAUGAUGUGAGGGUUGGGACGACGGCGCUAUUUUGAAGGAAUUUGGAUAUACUGAUGCCGAGAGAGCAGCAUGGCAGGCGAAAUCCAGCACAAGAGUUUCUUGCGGGUACUUCUGGCCAACACAAUGUCUGGUCUAACACGUGAUGUACAACACACUUGAGAGAAAGAAAAGGAAAGCGUCAAUUGAUGAUCUAUCAGAAUGGUCCUGGCUCUUUGCACCAGGUGCGUUGCUUAUUAUUGGCAAUUACACCAAUUCCUUUCUCGUAGGAUAGAGACCAUACACUUGCCUCUCCUUUUUACCCGUUCAGCUACCGGUCGAGGCUUACACGCUUUUCAUCCAAACACCUA